ACUCUGCACGCAGUUGAUUUGUUAUUCAUUGUAAAGGACGCCGGCGCUGCUGUUUCAAACUACAUCGCGUUGUUAGCAUCGCGUUUGAGUGCAGCACGGACGGUUAUAUCCUGAUGAAAUAACGAACAAAUACGGGGACGCGCACUGCCGGCAUUCUCCUUACAGCAACACACUACGCUUAAACAAGAAGUGAAGGACGAUAAAGCGACACCAUUACACUACUGGAUGCCGGUUGUCUGCUUACUAAGCAGUGCUGUCAAGCAGCAAUGAAAUAACUCCUUCCUGGAAAAGAGCACGGUCAGGAUAACACCGUACCGCAAUGCAAGAAUGUAGCUAAAAGCAGCACAACUAUACGUAACCUUGGCACAAACAGAGGAAUCGGACGCGAAGACGGCGUAAGAGUAGGAUAUCUCUUCCUCUUUUGUAAUAAAACAUCACUGUCGGACGAUACGCGAUGCGCCGGACUCGCAUGACUGCUUUCAAGACAAUCUUCUAACGUAAAACUUCAUCUUAUGAGAUCGGACGCUUCAGACGCGCGAUAAUACGACCGCUAGAUGAAUUAUGCACGGCAGAGCGUGAACACCGGCCGGUGCGCGUGUCCCACAUGACCUAGUUUCAAAGUGAAUCUUCUGUGCAGGACAGAAAAAAACAGACCUCCAGCAUUGAAAAACAAGCACACUGUUUGUUCACAUGCCAGGUGAAAAGUGGAGGAAGUCGUGUGGACACAGACGUGACAUUAACGUGACGACCUGGUCGGAGGAUUCAGUAAUGAUCAACAGCCAUUGCUUUUAUUGUGCAUCGUUUUAAAAUGAAUUUACAAAGACGAUACAUUUACGGAUUUAUAGCGUACAGCCAUUGACCUUUGCACUUGCAUCGGAUUAUUUAUUUUUGCUGAAAGCACCGAGAUUUCUGCACAUGCUGUCAGGAUUUAUACUGAGGCACGUGUACAUUAACACAUAUGAGGAUUUGUUAAAGGUGCUCGCUGCUAUUUUGAAAGCAAUAUUGGCUAUUUGAUGACUACUUUUGACAUGGUUUACUAUAUGAUUUUAAGCUCAGGAGAUCAUUCUACAUUCUUCAAUUCACUGAUUUGUGAACAAUACUGAACACUACAUUCAUUCAUCACGGUCCUAAAUAAAAGGUCCAAAAAUGUGGUCAUUGCCAUUAGUCCGUCACACCGAUGUUCCUCCAAAAGUGACUGAGAACUUUAUUCUGUCUGGUUAUCGUUUUCCCAACUACAGCCUCCGGCAGUGCCUGGCAUCUGCUUUUCGUCCGACUAAUGAGACUGGAAACUUCUGGACGCACUUCCUUCCUAUCUUUGUGUUUGCCUUCUACUUUCUGGAGGUAUUUGCAUGGGAAGGAGCCCCUGAACCUAGCAGCCCAUUUUUCUACCCCUUCUGGAACUACUGUCUCGGGGUGUUCUACCUGCUGCUAGCCAGCAGCCUGGCUCAUCUUCUCAACUCCAUGUCUCUCAUCAUUCGUGAAAUAUGUUUCUUUGUGGACUACGGGACUAUCAGCGCGUAUACGGUGGGUUCCUCCCUGGCAUAUUACUACUAUAUCUACCCUCAAGCGGGUAUACCGGAGAUUGGGUUUAGCGGACGGAACGUUUCCCAUAAGAAGGUCGAUGAGGAGACUUGGCCUUCGGCAUCCCUUUCUCCACGUCCGUCAAUAUUCUGCUGGUUUUUCGAAAACCUUUACAUCCCAACCUCCUGCCUGGUUGCCAUCGUAUGCGUCAUCACCUGCUGUAACACCAGGCAGCGCUGGCGGAAGUACCGCUAUGCUGUUCGAACCCUCGUCUUCAUCCUCCCCUUCUUCAUCUCCUCCACACCUGUGUUUUACCGUCUCCUGAGUCCCUCUCCCUACAUUUCUCAUUCCUCUUCAUCCUCCUCUUCUUCUAUGUUCUCUACCAUGCCUGCCUUUUUCUACCGACACUGCUUUUGGUUAGUGGUGUCUGCCAUUUUCAAUAUCAGUAAGAUCCCAGAACGAUUUUCUCCAGGGUAUUUUGAUAUUUGGGGUCACAGCCAUCAGUGGUUCCAUUGCUGCACCUUCCUGUCAAUUUUGGAUGAGCUUCACAUGAUCAAGGUGGAGAUGCGGGCCCUGCUUCUCAACCCGGCACUGGUAUUGUCGCCUGCAACACCGCCCAGGCUUCCUGGACCAACAUUUUGCUCCACAUAUGGAAUUAUGGUUCUUCUUCAGGGGUGUAUAGCAAGCGUCAUAGGUUGGUUUGGCUGGUGUGCGUAUUACAUAUAUGCACCAGAGCAAAAAAUGCUGAAGAGACAUUAGGAGGGGAUGUGGAUGUCUCCAUAAACAUUUAGAUUGUUAUAAUGUUGACCGUAUGGCACUUGCAGUACAAACUCUUGUCAUUUCAAUAAUUCUAUGUUUGUAU